UGUGACAUCCCUGAUACUGGCUCUUACAUCUGAGGGAAGCAUCAGACAGACAGAUAAGUCAAUCCUCCGAGGUUUAAUCAAGGAGAAGAUCAUAGCACUGGAUAGUGCAGGAUAGGAUAUCAUUGAAGGACCUUCACAGCAACCUGCAAUGAGACAGAGAAGCGAUUCAGAUGACCACAUUAAAGAGCCACACUGAAGCAGCAACAAACCUGAGAGUGGAUUACAGAUCAAACACUGGAGUAAAGAUACAAACACGCAACCAGUGAAUUCAAGUGGACAACAUAAUAUCGGUGUUCCCUCUACAGAAUAAGCUUUGGUUCAGAGUGCUAGAACCUCGGGCUAAAACACACUGGACUAAACUGGAAAUCAGAAGGUUGAUCUACUACUGAGCUAAAAACUACUGUUGAGAUGCCAGAGGAAGGUAUGGAGAACAGCAAGGGGGGAGAGGAGAGACCCAAGUGGAACAACAAGGCAGAGUACCUGCUGACCUGCAUUGGCUUCGCAGUGGGGCUGGGCAACGUGUGGCGCUUCCCCUACCUCUGCCAGAUUUACGGAGGGGGUGCGUUUCUGAUCCCCUACCUGAUCGCCCUGGUGUUUCAGGGUCUGCCUCUGCUCUACUUGGAGCUGGCUAUAGGACAGAGGCUCCGCAUGGGCAGCAUCGGAGUCUGGAACUCCAUAUCCCCCUAUCUGGGAGGAGUAGGUGUUGCCUCAAUGGUGGUGUCCUUCUGUGUGAGUCUGUUCUACAACACUAUAGUGGCCUGGGUCCUCUGGUACCUCUUCAACUCCUUCCAGGAACCCCUGCCCUGGAGCCAAUGUCCCCUCAACCACAACAACACAGGGUACGUGGAGGAGUGUGUAGAAAGCACGCCGGUCAACUACUUCUGGUACCGUCAGACCCUGAACAUCACUCCUAACAUGGAGACCAGUGGCUCUCUACAGUGGUGGAUGGUGGUCAGCUUAGCUACCGCCUGGUCUAUUGUUUACAUCUGCUUUAUCAGGGGGAUCGAGACCAUCGGCAAGGCUGUGUACGUCACAGCAACGUUCCCCUACCUGGUUCUAACCAUCUUUCUGGUGAGAGCCCUGACCCUUCCUGGAUCAUCUGAAGGUCUGAUCUACCUGUUCACACCUGACUGGGAGAUCCUGAAGAACCCCCAGGUAUGGCUGGAUGCUGCCACUCAGAUCUUCUUCUCUCUGUCAGUGGCCUUUGGUGGACUCAUCUCAUUCUCCAGUUACAACAGCCAGAAGAAUAACUGUGAAAGGGAUGCUGUUUUAGUGGGGGUUAUAAACAGUGCUACAUCUAUCUAUGCCUCCAUCCCCAUCUUUGCCAUCCUGGGAUUCAAGGCCCACACCAACUAUGUCACCUGUCUGAAUGGUAACAUCUUAGCACUGACCAAUGAGUUUGAUAUUAGCGACAUGAACAUAACGGUUGAAAACUACGAGCAGUGGUUUGACUCUUUAAAUGGAACACAUCCAUCUAGAGUAUCCGAUCUCACCCUGAAGACAUGUGACCUGCAAACCUUCUUGGAUCAGAGUGCGUCUGGUACUGGGUUAGCAUUCAUCGUAUUCACAGAAGCGGUGAUAUCGAUGCCUGGCUCUCAGGUGUGGGCUGUGCUCUUUUUCAUCAUGCUGUUCAGCCUGGGUCUGUCCUCCAUGUUUGGUAAUCUGGAGGGCGUCCUCACACCCCUUCAUGACCUCAAACUGGUGCCCAAGUGGAUGCCCAAUGAGCUCUUCACAGCGUUGAUCUGCCUGGUAUCGUUCCUGGUGGCUCUGAUAUUCACUAUGGGUUCGGGGAACUACUGGUUGGAGAUCUUUAACAGUUACGUGGGCUCUGUACCUCUCCUCAUCAUCGCCUUCUUUGAGAUCAUCGCUGUGGCAUACAUCUAUGGAAUAGGACGGUUCAGUGAUGACUUGGAGUUCAUGACAGGACAUAGACCCAACAUCUUCUGGAAGGUUUGCUGGUUGGUCAUCAGCCCUCUGAUGCUGAUCGUGGUGUUGGUGGCAUACGUUGCCGUCCAGGCCCAGACACAUCCCACCUACCCAGCAUGGAAUCCUGACUAUGUGAACUUCCCCAACACAGAGGUUCUGCCGUAUCCAGACUGGGUGUUUGCCAUCUGUGUCCUGCUGUCUUCAGUACCAGUUAUCUCCAUCCCUCUGGUGGCCAUCUACAGACUCAUCUGCUGCAUGUCAGGAAGACACUCUGAAGACCGUCUCCACAACGAUCCGAAUCCUUACGCCAACGAAGGCUACGUUGUAGAGAGCUAGACCCUAAAGACACUCUAUUUCUAUCUAUCCUCAUCUGAGCAACACUGUAAAACAACGCUGAGGUGAAGUAAUUGCCUCACAUCAACUGAUCUUGACAUUCCUUACACUCAUGAAUCAAAAGGGUGUUUAUUUGUUUUUAUUUCGUAAUAAUGAAGGACGGACGAUCGGUUGCACUCAAUUUGAACAGUGAUUUUUUUUUAAAUGUUUCCAGAAGUAGUUUUUUUGUCUUUUGGGUGACACAAAGAGGAUUGGAGAGCUGAGAAGCAGUGAAUGUUGGGUGUACCAAUUUUGACCAAUUAAAAAUUGAAUUGUUGGUCAAAGUAUUUUUUUUGUAUUUUUUCUCACACAGAACAUAAAGAUAAGAGCUCAUUUAAACAGCAUAGAGCUUUCUGUGUAAAGAUAGUGUCUGUGACAUUAUGUUUUCUACUGGAAAUGAAAUUACAUCUCUGAUAUCAAAUGUACUUCCUUAUUUCUUUCAUAGGUCCUACCACUCCUAAAUCAUAAACAUUAGAUAUAAUACAGCAAUUAGAUGGAGAUUUAACCUAGGCGUUGAAACCACAGUAUGACAACAUGAAAAGAUACUUUUGGUUUUACUAAAGCACAAAACAUAAAUAACUUGUAUUACAUAUUGGUAGUGUGCAAUAUUACUUUAUUUCAGUCACAUAGCACUGACACAUAGCCUAGUAGACCGAUCUGUUUGCACUUUAGCUAGCUACCUCCUCUGUCCUGUCUUUUGUCAUGGCACUUUAGCUAGCUAACUCCUCUGUCUGUUGUCAUGGCACUUUAGCUAGCUACCUCCUCUGUCCUGUCUGUUGUCAUGGCACUUUAGCUACCUAACUCCUCUGUCCUGUCUGUUGUCAUGGCACGUUAGCUAGCUAACUCCUCUGUCUGAAAAAGAGGUGUGGGCUCAUAAGAUAUUCUGCCCAGCAACAACUACACCUGCUAACGGGAGCGCCUGGGGCUGGGACCAGCCUGUGCGCCAACGAUAGGCUGAGUGAGUCUAAACCACGCUCAGCCUCUACUUUGAUAGGCCAGCUCAGAAGCGGGAACUACUUAUAUCAGAGUACAUUAGAAGAACUUUGUCAGGAACUAGUUAGUUCUCUGUACUGUCCUGUGUGGUGUUACAGUGAACCCGUAUAUAUGAAAAUUGCAUUUACCAUUUAUUGCUUGACUAAUAAUAAAGACAUAGAAGAUUC